GCACAAAGCAACUAGCAAACCAAGCAAGCUAGCCGUAGUAGUAAGAGCAAGUAGGUAGGAGCACAAGCAAGCAAGCAGCCAUGUCCAUCGUCAAGCGUGCUUUGGGCUUCGGCGGCGGCUACGGCCAGAGCAAGCCGGUGAUUAGCUACCACACCCAGAGCCCCGACUCCGUGACCACCGUCUUGACGGAGAUCAGCCACAUGAGCCUCAACGAGAAGCAGGCGGGGUACAACGGCGCCGCCGUGCAGAAGACGGCCUCCCUCACGGAGCUGUGCUCUGAGGAUGCCGAGGUGCAGAAGCACGGCUACGGGCAGCAGGCGUACGGCAGCGACGUCGGAGGGUUCGACGCCCUCGUCCGUGACAACGCCGCGCAGAAGCACGGCGGCUUCGGCGAGCAGAAGGCGGCGUCGUACCAGCAUGAGAGCGGCGCCGGAGGGUACAGCGCUCACCACCACGAAAGCUCCGUGCAGAAGCACGGUGGCUACGGUGCGCAGAAGGCGUCGUCGUACCAGCAUGGAGGCUACGACGCCGUCAGCCACGACAGCGCGGGCGCCACGCAGAAGCAUGGCUACGGUGAGCAGAAGGCUUACCAUCAUGGGGCUGAAGCCCACCAUGACAGCUCGGCGCAGAAGCACGGCUACGGCGAGCAGAAGGCGUACGGUGGUCACCACCAGGACAGCAAGGUCCAGAAGAGCGGCUACGGCGGCGAGCAUACGGCGUAUCACCAGGACGGCAAGGUCCAGAAGCAUGGCUACGGGGAGAAGGCGCACGGCUACGGCGAGCAGAAGGCUUACGACGGCAAGGUCCAGAAGCACGGCUACGGCGAGCAGAACGCGUACGACAGCAAGGUCCAGAAGCACGGCUACGGCGAGCAGAACGCGUACGACAGCAAGGUCCAGAAGCAUGGCUACGGCGAGCACAAGGCGUACGACAGCGCGGUCCAGAAGCACGGCUACGGCGAGCAGAAGCCGUACGAGCAUGGGAGCGCCGCCUCCGCCCUCGACCACGACAGCUACGGCGCCGUGAAGAAGCACGGCUAUGGCGGCGCCGGCGAGCAGAAGGCGUACGGCGCUGCAGCGGGAGGGUACGACGCCGUCCACCACGACAGCUCAGUGCAGAACUACGGCUACGGCGAGCAGAAGGCGUCGUACCAGCACGGGAGCGACGCCGGAGGGUACGGCGGUGCCCACCACGGCAGCGCGACGCAGAAGCACGGCUACGGCGGUGGGCAGAAGGCUUACGGGCACGGUGCUGAUGCCGGAGGGUACGACGCUGCUUUCCAGUACGGCGGCGCGAAGCAGACGAAGCACGGCUAUGGCGGCGGGCAGAUGGGUUACCAGCAUGGCGCUGAAGCCGGAGGGUACAACGCUUCCUACCACGGCGGCGCAGCGCAGAAGCACGGCGCCUAUGGCGGGCAGAAGGCGUCGUACCAGCAAGGGUGCGCCGGCGGCGUCGGAGGGUACGACUCGCUUGUCCAGAACAAGCAUGGGAGCUACGUCGGCGGGUACAAUGCGUACCCGUCGCAGCAAGGGUGCGGCGGCGGUGACGUGGCAGGGUAUGAUGCUCUUGUCCAACGCCGGCAGAUGCAGAAGCAGCAGCAGUACAACCAGGCCGGAUACGAGAGCGACGAAGAGAGCGAGGAGGAUAGCGACUGCGAAGAGGAGGAGGUGCUGGGCGGCGGAUACGGCAUGCAUAAAUACGCCGCCGGCAGCACCAUGCCCGGCGGCACGCAGUACUACUCCGCGUACGAGCGCCGCCAGCAGCUCGGCGGCGGGAGCCAGUACGAGGCGUACGAGAGCUCCACCACCCAGGGGUACUCCGGCGGCGGCGGUGGCUACGGCGGCGGGUGGGCGCAGCCCAAGAAGCACAGCUACUACUGAACUCCUGCGUCCUUCCCACCUGCAACGACUACCAGCGUGAUACAAUCC